AUGAGCCAAAGUGGUACCGAUAUGGAAGACACCCCCACUGGAGCCACCACCAUCGAAAGACCUAAUAGUCACGAGUUUAUGUGUUUUUGGUGUCUUAAGUUUGUGCUCAAGGUAUUUGAUGAAACACCUCAAAGAAGCUUGAAUGAAGUAGUUGUGUUUUUUAGUAAGAAUCUUGCUAAGGAUGUGGCAGUUCAAACUCCUCCUUCCAGUCAACAAAUAUUUCAUCCAAAAGUUGUGAUAUUAAUCAUUCUUAAGAACCUAUAUAAUCGAAUUGGGCGUGAUAAAGCUAAAGAAAUAAUCUUUAACUGGAUAGAUUUAAAGGUUGAGGUUUCAAAACUCACUUGGCUCUUGCGGAAGAACUUUGUUUGGUUGAUUGGAUUAAAUAUUUGGAUUGAUAACCUUCUUCGAGGUUCUAAUUUCUCAAAGCUUUUUGAUGUCCAUAGUUUGUUUGGGUUAUUUAUUAGUGUUGCUGUUAAAUUGCGGAUGGAAAAUGCCCUAACACGUAUUCUUUCUCUAUAUUUGUACUCUCUCUUUUUCAUAUAUUGA